ACCGAGGUCCUCCUUGCUGCUACCGUCUUCUGCCUGGUCUUCCUGUUCAUCCAGUCCCUCCGGCAGCGUGUGCCCAAGGGGCUGAAGAACCCCCCAGGACCCAGAGGCUACCCCAUCCUUGGCAAUGUGCUGGAGCUGAGGAAGGACACGCACCUGGCCCUGACCAGGCUGAGCCAGAAGUAUGGGGAUGUGAUGGAGGUCAGGAUCGGCACCCGGCCCGUCCUGGUGCUGAGCGGGCUGGACACCAUCAGGCAAGCACUGGUGAGGCAAGGAGAAGACUUCAUGGGGCGCCCCGACCUCCACA